UUGGAGGACCGCGCGUUUUCAAAGGCCAGAAAAGCAUUUUGUCGUUAAAAAAAUCACAAAUAAAGCCCAUACUUUCCGUCUUACCGGAAUGCCUUCGCCUUGGAGUCAGCAGGUACCGACCGGCGUCUCCCUCGCUACGUCUAAGACAGACAGAUGGCGACUCAUGCUUCUAAAUACUGUAAAUGGAUAAUCCUUGCUAAUCCUGUGUAAACGACUCCAGUAACUGUGAAACACUGCCGGUGAGUUAGGUACGAACUCCGGGGCAUGUUAUCAUACACAUUAAUUAUUUUUGUCUAUCUAUCUAUCAAUCUAUAAGGUUAUCCUACACUUACCUUUAGUUGUGUUGCAGUAUCAUGGUGGUGCCUCUCUUCAGCUACUGAUAUCCUCAGAGGAAGGCUUUGUAUGAAAACACACCUGUGUGCUUGAUUUAGGUUACUGCAAUUGAAGUAUGAGAAGCAAAUGAGAGCACUGAUGCAGUACCUGCUGAUGCGUGUGUGUGUUAUCCGUGGGUGUGUUGUAAAUUGGCGCAGGACUUGUGUCUCUGAAGCUAGCUUGUGUGCCAGAUGGACUAAACUGGACCGGACUGAUCACACACAAAGCAGAAUGGUUCUACUUGCUGUGACCUGGAUCUGAUUGGAGACCAUUGUCCCAGGUGGCAAUGGGACCUAGUUGAUAUAAAUAGUGGCCAAUGAAGAAGUUCUCACCAAAAUGAGGUGAACCAAACGAGGGAGGGGAGGUAGAGAAAGUAAUUUAAGUAUUGGAAGAAAAAAAGUGAAUUAGAGCACAGUUAAUUGACAGUGUUGUGUUGGUGGGUUACAAAUAUGGUGUUGAUAAAUAUAGGUAGGGCAAAAGGAAAUCAUAAAAAAUGACAGAUAAUAUAAUAAUAUUAAGAUGAGAAUUCCUAUCAUGUCAUCCUAGACUUGAAAUGUUCGCUCCAGAAAAAAUUAUUAAGCAGUUGCAGCAAUGGACUGUAACAAGAUUGUAAGAAGAGAAUCGAAAUACCAGAAAAAAGAGAAAGGAAAAGAGGAAAAAAACAGAUUCUGAAAUUGAUUGAAAGCGACAUUUAAAUUCAAAAGUUUAACCCUCAUGAUACAAUUUCUGCAAUUUUUGUAAAUUUCUGAAUAUUUUAUCUUUAAAAUCAAAGACAAAGCAUAUACAAAAAUACCACAGAGCUGACAUUUCCAUGGGGUGUCUAAAAUGUCCUGAAUUUUAAAAUGCCACCUGCUGACCAUUCUAAGGCAUUGCAGCAAUGAGAUUGUACUUUUGAUACUUAAACAUAACAUAAUCGACAAUUAUUGCAGCAUAAACACCCAUCAUAAUUCAUAUUUUUGAAUGCAUUGUAAACCUAAUGUGCAAAAAUGCAUUUCCCAAGAUUACCACAUCAAUUGCUUUAUUUACAAUUGUACAGACGUAUGCAUGCCAAUUUUUUGUGUUGGGAGCAUUUACACCCCUUCACCAGUAGGUGGCGCCAGAGGCUCGCAAAUGAUUUCGCCUUUUUGCAGUCGGCUCCAAAACGAUGCAUCGAUGUACAACAAUUCCGUUCGGGAUGUUAGUAGGGCUUGGUGGGGACCUCCAGACAUAACUGGCCGAGUUCUUUUUCAAAAAAAUAAAGUGUUAUCUUUUGAAUUUUGUACGUCUACGCAAUACGCAUGCGUGUGAGCGUCUUUAUUUCAAACGAAUGUUCUGCAUAGAGAUUGGCUCAGAUUUCGAAACAUGAAUGAGUUACGUUUUUGAAUCUCAACUAUGAUUGGUCCGCCUCGUGUUUGAAUUUCAAUUAAAAUUUAUUAGCCCGCGAUUGGUCAAAGCGGGGGUGUGGUGGUACUUGAGCUAUUAGUGCAACCACCAGAGUGAGUUGGACGCUGGAGAGUGCAGAAAUGGCAGAAAGUGCAGAGUGCAGAGUGCAGAAAAAGUUUUUUACCAAAGACGAAGCCCUUCAAGCAAUUUUGGCAACUGACACCGAAGACGAUUCCGGUUCUGAAACGUCAGAACAUGAGUCGUCGGGGGAGUUUUCGCCCGAUUAUCAGCCUAAUGCUGACGACAACAUCGAGGAGGACAGCUCCGAUUGGGAAGAAGAGGAGGGAGCCUCGGAUGAUGCUGCGGAAGUGGUCGGGCAGGACCAGGAUCCAUCGGGCAGCGCCGAUCAGACGGUAUGGAGCUCGAAAAAUAAAAAAGUGAUGUGGCAUCCAACCAACGAAGUGGCUGGACAUUACGUGCCUGCACGAAUUCCCACGCCUGGCCCCACGUUGUAUGCAAUAGCCAGGAUCAGCAGCCCGGAGACGGCGUUUGCGUUGUUUGUGGAUGAGGAGAUCGUCGCGAAAAUAGUCGAAAUGACCAACCUCCAAGGGCUCCGAACGAUCAACAACUGGUCUCCCGUCACGCCCCAAGAGCUGCGGGCGUAUAUCGGGCUGCUGAUCCUGGCUGGAAUGUACCGGUCCAGGCAUGAAGCGACGAGCAGCUUGUGGGGCGUCAACACCGGGCGUCCAAUGUUCACCAACGCAAUGGCUCAUCGGAGGUUUAUGGAGGUCAACCGAAUGCUACGUUUUGAUGAUAAGCUGCUUAGACCACAGCGGCACCAUGCGAACAAACUGUCGCCGAUAUCAGAUUUGUGGAGCAGAUGGAAUUUCCGGCUGCAGAAAAUGUUCAACGCGGGACGUGACGUGUGCGUGGACGAGCAGCUAAUUGCCUUUAGAGGACGCUGCAGCUUCAAACAAUAUAUGCCGUCAAAGCCUGCAAAGUAUGGCAUAAAAAUUUGGGCCCUCUGUGACGCUCGAACCUCCUACGCAUUGAUGCUGGAGGUCUACACCGGGAAGCCUCCAGGGGGCACGCGUGAACCCAAUGUAGGAAUGCGUGUGGUGCUGGGACUCACUGACGCACUGGAAGGGCACACAAUAACAGUGGACAAUUUUUUCACAUCAAUACCCCUUGCAGCAGAACUGAAAAAAAAAAGAAACUCACUUGUGGGUACUGUAAGGAGGAACAAGCCGGAGCUCCCUGCACAAGUGACACAAAUAACAGGAAGGCAGCCCCUCUCCAGCAUUUUCUGCUUCACCAAAGACAUGGCUUUGGUUUCAUACGUCCCCAAAAAAGGGAAAAAUGUGCUGGUGCUCAGCACAGCACACAAGGAGCCUAAAGUGGAGGACGGGGGCAAAAGAAAACCCCAAAUGAUAUUGGAUUACAAUAAAUCUAAGGGAGCAGUGGACCACCUGGACCAGGCGUGUGGCACAUACUCAACUCGCCGGCGAGCACAACGGUGGCCAAUGUGCCUUUUCUACCACAUGCUGGACAUUUCGGCCUUCAAUGCCUUUUUGCUGUACACCUCUGUGAACCCGGGUUGGAACGCCAACAAACUUUACAGAAGAAGGCUGUUCCUCGAGGAGGUCGGCAAUGCGUUGAUCAUGCCAGAGGUUCAUCGGAGAAAGCCACAGACCGCUGCUGGUGCGGUGCAGGCUGCAGUGCAGCAACAAGAGGCCACUCCUUCGCCCAAGCGAAAACAAUGUGGCCUCUGCACAGACAAACUCAUUGCAUCAAAUGCAUGCGAAAAGUGUGGUACCCCCAUUUGCCGCAAACACAUGAGGAGCAUCUGCAAAAACUGCUAAAAAAAAAAAAGUUCUGAAAAGUGUUCGUUGUUCUUGUUUGUUUUGAAAAGUAUUGUUGUUCUUAUUCUGAAAAGUGUUGUUCUUGUUCUGAAAAGUGUUGUUUGUUCUUGUUUAAAAUUUGGUAUAUAAAUUCUGUUAUAAAUUCUUCAUAGUUGUUGUGACUUUCCUUUUCAAGUUUAUAUAUGUAUGGAUAGCUCUGAUGCCACUGAACAUUUUGAGUGGUUGAAAGUAAAAAAAUAUUCAGAAAUGACUUAGUUAUCGCACCUCAAAAAAAUUUACAAUUAUUGUAGAACAAUUGUAUGUUUAGAGUUAUUAUACACAAAA